AUGACGAAGAUGAGAGAUGGACGACCUCUGGACAGAUUAGUAUUGCUGCUGAGAGUAUGGAGUGAUAAAGAAUUGAAAAGUGUACAAGGAGUAGUGACAAGACUUUGCCAUGAUUAUGGGAUGAUAGAUGACACGAUAGUCUUCACAAAGGAUGUUGUUACAAAAAACAUAUUGCUGGCUGUUGGACAAGUAGUUAUUGCCACUGUGGAAGAGGAUAAAACAUCAGGUGGCCUGAAGGCUGUCAGGGUAGAUGCCAUCCAGAAUACACAAGAAGACUCCCAUCCUACUUGUGAUGCCUCUGAAGUAAAUAAGAAAACAUUAAUUGGCAGUAUUACCUCUCUCUCUGUGGAUGGUGGCUAUAUUAAUCAGAAUACAUAUUUUGCAAUGCAAGAUGUCUGGGAAGAUUUCAAACCCUGUGAAGGUGACUGGGUGCAAGCAAAAUAUUAUAUUAACUCGACAACAUGGAAGACUGAAGCAGUUGCUGUAAGGCCUUUGAGGUAUAAACAAGUAAACAAGGUUCGCAUUUCCAGCGUCUGUGGAAGAACUGGGACAGUAGAUGACAGUAUAUUUUUCACUUUGGAUUCACUGAGACUUCCUGAUGGUUACUUGCCUCGUAGACAUGAUCUAGUGAACACAAUUGUGGUGGAGAGCAGUCAGUCCUGUUACAUUUGGAGAGCUCUCUGCUUGGUGCCAGUCAGCCAGGAUGGGUAA